AUGUCAGAACGACGUAUUGACGUGAAUCGCAGCAACUACUCAGUUAUUGACAAUGAGUUUGGCAAUAUGAGAGAUCGAUUUGAAGCAGAGAUGCGACGUGUAGAGGAUGAAAUGAAGCGCCUUCGUCAAGAAUUUGAAGUUUUUACCUUCAAACCAAAGCUUCAUCAGCGCGUAGGGCUGAGAGUUAAGAGUUUUAUUUGUGCUCUGGUCUGA